UUUUCCCUCCACCGCGGCACGGUUUUCCCCCCUUCUCCCGCGCAUCCGCCCCGCGCCAUGGCCGCCUCCUCCUCCGCCACCGCCCCCGCCCUCGCCGAGGCCUACGACAUCCCGUGGGUGGAGAAGUACCGCCCCACCCGCGUCGCGGACGUCGUCGGCAACUCCGACGCUGUAAGCCGCCUCGAGGUCAUCGCCCGCGACGGCAACAUGCCAAACCUAAUCCUCUCCGGACCUCCGGGCACGGGGAAAACUACGAGCAUCCUGGCGCUGGCGCACGAACUGCUCGGACCUAGCUACCGCGAGGCCGUGCUGGAGCUCAAUGCCUCGGACGACAGGGGUCUGGACGUGGUGCGGAACAAAAUCAAGAUGUUUGCGCAGAAAAAGGUCACGCUGCAACCAGGGCGGCACAAGGUUGUCAUCUUGGAUGAGGCCGACAGCAUGACGUCUGGAGCACAGCAAGCACUAAGGAGAACAAUGGAAAUCUAUUCCAACACCACAAGGUUUGCACUUGCGUGCAACACUUCGUCUAAGAUCAUUGAACCCAUUCAAAGCCGUUGUGCUAUUGUACGAUUCUCAAGGCUCUCUGAUCAGGAAAUUCUUGGCCGACUCAUGGUUGUGGUGGCAGCUGAGAAGGUUCCUUAUGUGCCAGAGGGGCUCGAAGCAAUCAUCUUUACUGCUGAUGGUGAUAUGAGGCAAGCUUUGAACAACUUGCAAGCUACAGUUAGUGGGUUUCGUUUUGUUAAUCAAGAAAAUGUGUUCAAGGUAUGUGAUCAGCCACAUCCAUUGCAUGUCAAGAAUAUGGUGAAAAAUGUCCUCGAUGGAAAGUUUGAUGAGGCCUGCUCUGCUCUGAAGCAACUAUAUGAUUUGGGGUACUCUCCCACUGACAUAAUCACUACUCUCUUCCGGGUUAUCAAGAACUACGACAUGGCUGAAUAUCUAAAACUGGAACUGCUGAAGGAAACUGGAUUUGCUCACAUGAGAAUCUGUGAUGGUGUUGGGUCAUUCCUUCAGCUAUCAGGCCUUCUCGCAAAAUUUGCGUUGGUGAGAGAAACAGCAAAAGCAUGAGCUUGUUGCAGAUGGUAGUAGCUGUACGUGCAACUGCUCUGGCACGGUAACCUAAUCAUUUCAGUUAACAAUGUUCUCAUGCAUGGCUCGCUGCGUACAAUUCUGUCAUCAUUUCAGUGUGUAAGAUAGUGCCUUGCUUAAGUAGAACAAUCUUUGUUUAUGGAUUGGCUCACUUGAGUAAAACAUCUAGUAGUAUAUUUUGUUUCUGUUGAA